GAGCCAUUGCAGAUGCCAGCUGAAGAAACACGCUGCCCCCACACUCUUUUAUCCAGCCUUACCUCACAUGACCGCACCUAAAGGCAUCACUGCAGCAGGGCCAAAUCCAGUCUCCCAUGGCCAAGUACCAUCGCCCCAAGCAAAGGUCUCCCUCCCCUCCCCUCCCCUCCCCUAUCCAUCCGCCCGUCGUCCUCCCUAUAUAUAUGGAUUGGGAAAUUUUCCGGGAGGGCACGGACGCGGGGGAUCGAAAGGGACGCGCAAGCUUCACGCACAAGCUCCUACAUAAUUGCUAGCCAGGCUGCUUGAAUUCUCUCUUCACCGGGGGGCUCGGGCUCACGCACCACCUGCGCCAAGCAGCAGCAGCUUGAGCCGAAGAAGAAGCCUUGUCACUUGUCAGGCAUCGUCGGCUUUUGUUUAGGCGAAAAGUGGUGAGCUCGUCUCGGGAGGGCUGGUGAUGGCGCGAUGCCAGGGGACCGUCGGGAGCCUGUGCCAGGGGCUGCUGGACCUCGACGACGACAAGUUCGGCGCAAUGUGCAGCGCAUUCGGUUACCUCCAGGAGUGGCCGGACCUGGGCGCCAUGUGCGGCGCGAGCCUUGGUGCGACGCCGGGCGCCGGCGACGGCAACGACGACUCCUCCUGCAACGGCAGCGGCGGGCUCAAGAAGAGGGGGCCGGACGCGUGCCUCGACGCCAAGGGUGAUGGCAACGACAUGAGCAAGAGACCCAGAGGGAAGCAGCAGCAGCAGCUGUGUGGCCUCGUUGAGGUCGCGGCGCCCGGGAAAGGGAAGCAGGAGAGACCAAAGGCCGGCACCAAGAAGAAGGCGGAGGCGGCGUCGACGGCGGCGGCUGCCGGCCAGAAGACCGACUACAUCCACGUCCGGGCACGCCGCGGCCAGGCCACGGACAGCCACAGCCUCGCCGAGCGGGUGAGGAGGGAGAGGAUCAGCGAGCGGAUGAGGUAUCUGCAGGAGCUGGUGCCCGGGUGCAGCAAGGUCACCGGCAAGGCCGGCAUGCUCGACGAGAUCAUCAACUACGUCCAGUCCCUGCAGAAGCAAGUCGAGUUCCUGUCCAUGAAGAUCGCCGCGUCCAACCCGGUGGUGAGCUUCGACAUCGUCGAGGACCUUUUCGGCAGGCAGCUGAAGCAGGCGUGCAGCCCUGCCGCCCUUCCUGCGAUGGCUCUGCCGGCGGGGCAGCUGGAGCCGACCGGCCUUCAGAUGAGCCCCUUGCAGCAGGUGCACCCAUCUGCAGCAGCAGGCUCCAAUGGCUUUGGGCUGGACAUGGUCGUCAACAACCUGUACCCUUCCGCCGCCGCGAGCUGCCCCGUGUCGGCUGCCACGCCGGUGAUGGCGGCGGGCGGACCGUCGAUCGAGCCGUGCCUCAACGUGAAUGGAGCUGCUGCUGCUGCCUGGGACAUUGGCUCCCAAAAUCUCUUCGGUGGAUUUGAUGCACAAUUCCAGUCAGUAGAAAGUGACUGCUUGCUAGACAACCUCAAAAUGGAAAUGUAAGAAGAAUUAAUCCUCGUUACUGGAGUUUUAACCACAGCAAAAUUUGUGGCUGAAGAUUCUUUAUUCGUAGCAGCUGUACUAAUUAAGUAUUCUGUCAGCAAUGGCAAUACAAGUACAUUUCAUAUGUUCUA